AUGAUCGAGAUCAAGAACAUUCCCUGUCGCGAUCAUACAACGAACACGGAUCUUCAUCGUCGUCUGUCUGUCUGUCUUACUCUACGGAAUCGUGAUUAUACAACAACGAACACGGAUUUUCAUCGUCGUCUGUCUGUCUGUUUUACUCCACGGAAUUGCGAUCAUACAAUGAACACGUACGGAUCUUCAUCGUCGUCUGUUUGUCUUACUCCACAGAAUUGCGAUCAUACAACGAACACGGUUUUCCUUGGAUCUACGACUCCACCUCUCCACUGUUUGAACAUGGAAUCCGACAUGACCAAGAAAAGGAAGAAAACAAAGGGAAAACAGAAAAUUGAGAUCAAGAAAAUAGAGAAAUCGAAUUACCGGCAAGUCACAUUCUCCAAACGCCGGGCAGGCCUAUUCAAGAAAGCCACCGAGCUCUGCGUCCUAACCGGCGCUAAUGUCCUGGCUCUCGUCACCUCGCCUGGCAACCGCACCUUCACCUUCAGCAGCCAACCCAACCCCGAAGACCUUCUCCGUCGCGUCAUCCUCCCCGAAAAAAACCGUUACGAGUGUUCCACCAGUUCGUUGUCAAAUGGGCUUCAAAUGAAUAAUGAGAUGGUUUUAGAGAACCGGAAAUAUUUGAACCAACGGUACGAGAAAUUGGCGGCUGCGCUUGAGGAGGAGAAGAAGAUUGGAGAGAGGCUGGCGGCGGAGGAGAGUGGCCGGAGGACAUUCUGGUGGGAAGAGGAAGUAGACGUGAAGAGGAUGGGGGAAGAAGAGUUGGAGUGUUAUUUGAUGGCAUUGAGGAAGAUGAAGAACAAUGUUGACAAGAUUUUGAUGGACAAGAAAAAUGAUACAUUUUUGGUCCCUAAUUCUCCAACCAUGGAUGAUAUAGAUGUUAGCCAAUAUCUUAAUAUUUGA